AAGCUGAAUCAAUGUGAAGGCAACGACCCCAAAAGCCAAAAAAAGCUGUGUAUUAUAUUCUUCUUUCUUUGUCUCUCUUGCUUUUCUUUUUGGUGUAAAACAUUCAUUCAUUCUACUUCUAGUUUACUAAUAAUAAUACUAAAAAUUCAUCCAUUCUUGAGAUAUCUAUAAUCUAUCUAUCUAAUCUAAUCUUAAGCGCCUACCCAGACCCAGGAGAGAUCUUAUCAGAGCUCUCUCUAUCUCUCUCUCUCUCUUUCUUGAUGUUUCCUUGUUCGCCCACACACAAGUUGAGGAGCUUCACGAACUUCAUGUGUCUGUGUCUGUGUCUGUCGGCCGACACCUCUGAAACAUCUUACUGCCCCAGCUGCUCGCCGUACCGUACAGACUGAAAAACUUUAAUCUCACCCCUUUGUUUCUCUCUUUACCUAGUACUAGUCUGUCCUUAAUUUGUUUCCUCCAGGUUGUAUUUGAGAAAUUUGCUUGUAAAUAUCUGGAAAUCGGUGGGAAGAGAGAGAAAGAGAGAGAGAGAGAGAGAGAGAGAGAGAGAAAAAGCGUGUGUUUUUGCAGGGGGUGGAAUACUAUGGUGUUUUGAAAGGUUGAUUUUAUGCAGUUGGUGAGGUUUGCUUCAAAUCCCCAAGAAAAUGAAGAAUUUGAUGGUGGGGGUGAUUAUAGAUGUUAUGGUGGUUUUGGUUCUGAGUUAUUGUGGCUUUGUGGCGUCACAUGAACAGGCAAAGAGGUUGUAUGAUUUCAAGGAAUCCUCAGUUGAAAAAGACCCCAAUGGGUUCUUGAGAGAUUGGGGUUCAUCUUCAUCUUCUAGCCCCUGCAACUGGAAUGGUGUGGGGUGCUCUAAUGGGGUAGUCACCCAACUCAUUCUUCAAAAUGCUGGGAUUUCUGGGUUUCUGCACAUUUCUCAUCUCAUGCUUUUGCCUGCUCUCAGGAAUGUUCACUUGAAUGGCAACCAUUUCUAUGGGAAUCUUUCCUCCCCAUCUGUUGUUUCUUGCACCUUUGAGUCUCUGGAUUUAUCAGACAACAACUUCUCAGAUUCUCUGAAUUUGGAGCCUUUGUUGUUGGCCUGCAAUCGCCUCGCGUUUCUGAAUCUUUCCCAGAAUUCGAUCCCCCACGCGGACCUCAAGUUUGGUGGUUCUAUGCUGCAGAUUGACAUCUCUAGGAACAAGGUUUCAAAUUUAGACCUUGUGGAUUAUUCUCUGUCCAAUUGCCAGAACUUGAAUCUGCUUAAUUUGUCUGAUAAUAAGUUCAGUGGCCAGCUGAGAAGAAGCUCCCUUCAAUCUUGCAAGAGCCUAUCCGUUCUUGAUCUCUCGCGCAAUAACAUCUCGGGGAAUCUGAAUGAUCUCGAGUUCGGGGCUUGCAGAAAUCUCACUCUACUCGAUUUGUCGUUCAACAGUCUCUCGCCUUCUGAGUUCCCACCGAGCUUGGCGAAUUGCCAGAGCCUCGGGGUAUUGAAUAUUGGGCACAAUAACAUGACGGGUCUUAAGGUUCCGGGGGACUUGUUAGCGAAACUGAAGAGUUUGAGGCACUUGGUCUUAGCCCAUAACGAGUUCUCGGGGGAGAUUCCGUGGGAGUUGGGGCAAAUUUGUAGUACUCUCGAGGAGCUUGAUCUUUCCGGGAACCAGUUAACCGGGGAGCUCCCAUCAACGUUUACUGCCUGCUCCUCGCUUACUAGUCUCAACCUCACUCACAAUCAACUCUCGGGAGGUUUCUUGACUAGUGUUGUUAGCCUUCUCGCGAAUCUCAGAUACCUUUCUGUGUCGUUCAAUAACUUAACCGGUCCCGUGCCAAUGUCGUUGAAAAACUGUUCUCGGCUUGAGGUUCUUGAUCUUAGUGCAAACGGAUUUACAGGGAAUGUGCCUUCUUGGUUUUGCUCGAGAACACCGGUUUCGUCUCUUACGAUGAUAAUGCUUGCAGAUAAUAACCUUUCGGGGACUGUUCCAUCCGAGCUUGGUUUGUGUAGGAACCUUAAGAAAAUUGAUCUCAGCUUCAAUAGUCUGAGUGGUUCAAUCCCAAUGGAAAUAUGGACUUUGCCGAAUCUCUCAGACUUGGUCUUGUGGGCCAACAAUCUCAAUGGCGAGAUCCCCGAAGGCAUUUGUUCGAACGGAGGGAAUCUUCAGACAUUGAUUCUCAACAACAAUUUGAUAUCCGGGGCUCUUCCGAAGUCCAUUUCGAAGUGCACUGAUCUGGUUUGGGUUUCAUUGUCGAGCAACCAGCUGAAAGGAGAGAUUCCUGAGGGAAUUGGUGAGCUUACGAAGCUCGCGAUACUCCAGCUGGGGAACAACUCUCUUUCGGGUGCAAUUCCCCGGGGGCUAGGUAAGUGCAAGAACCUCAUAUGGCUAGAUUUGAAUAGCAAUAGCUUGACGGGUCCUAUUCCGACCGAACUUGCUGAUCAGGCUGGCCUUAUUGUCCCCGGAAUUGUGUCGGGAAAGCAUUUUGCUUUUGUGAGAAACGAGGGCGGGACUGAGUGCAGAGGUGCAGGUGGGCUGGUUGAGUUCGAGGGAAUUCGAGAAGAGAGGCUUGCGAGUUUUCCUAUGAUUCAUUCUUGCUCGUCGAUUAGGAUUUACUCGGGCACGACGGUAUACACAUUUGCCAGCAACGGGAGCAUGAUUUACCUCGAUUUGUCUUACAAUUCCUUGUCUGGAAUCAUUCCUGGGAGCGUAGGCUCGAUGAGUUUUCUUCAGGUCUUGAAUAUGGGGCACAAUAAUUUAACCGGGAGCAUUCCUUCGAGUUUUGGAGGUCUUAAGAUGGUAGGCGUGCUCGAUCUCUCUCACAACAACCUUCAGGGCUCAAUCCCGGGGACUUUAGGAGGGCUUACAUUUCUCAACGAUCUCGAUGUUUCCAACAACAACCUCUCGGGGCUGAUCCCGUCGGUUGGGCAGUUGACAACGUUUCCCGCUUCACGAUACGAAAACAACCCGGGCCUCUGUGGGGUCCCCUUAACCCCCUGCAGCACACGGGGUGGGCACCGUUCAUCGGGCUUUCACAAGCAAGGGAAGAGGGAGGCCACCACUAUCGGGAUGGUCCUGGGCAUAACCGUCUCGUUUCUUAGUUUGUGUGCACUCCUUUUUGCCCUUUUCAGGGCGAGGAAAGGCCAGGAGAAGGAGGAACAGAGAGACAAGUACAUCGAGAGCCUCCCGACGUCUGGCAGCAGUAGCUGGAAGCUCUCGAGUGUGCCCGAGCCUCUCAGCAUCAACGUGGCGACCUUUGAGAAGCCUCUAAGGAAGCUCACUUUCGCGCAUCUUCUCGAAGCAACAAACGGGUUCAGCGCCGAUAGUUUGAUUGGCUCGGGAGGCUUCGGGGACGUCUACAAGGCACACUUAAAGGAUGGCACGGUCGUGGCAAUCAAGAAGCUUAUCCACGUAACGGGACAGGGAGACCGGGAAUUCAUGGCUGAAAUGGAAACCAUAGGGAAAAUCAAACACCGAAACCUGGUACCCCUGUUGGGCUAUUGCAAGGUCGGGGACGAGAGGCUUUUGGUGUACGAGUACAUGAAAUGGGGGAGCUUAGAGGCGGUUCUCCACGACCGACACAAAAUGGGAGCCACGAAGCUCAACUGGGCAGCUAGGAAAAAGAUUGCAAUCGGGUCAGCGAGAGGGCUAGCGUUUCUUCACCAUAGUUGUCUCCCUCAUAUAAUCCACCGCGAUAUGAAGUCCAGCAACGUCCUCCUAGACGAGAACUUCGAGGCCCGGGUGUCCGAUUUUGGAAUGGCACGCUUAGUAAACGCGCUGGAUACUCAUCUGAGUGUGAGCACGCUCGCAGGGACCCCGGGCUAUGUCCCCCCUGAAUAUUACCAGAGCUUUAGGUGCACAACGAAAGGCGAUGUCUACAGCUACGGGGUCAUACUUCUCGAACUCCUCUCGGGCAAGAGGCCCAUAAACACGCAAGAAUUCGGGGACGACAACAAUCUGGUCAGCUGGGCUAAGCAACUGCACAAAGAGAAAAGAAGCCACGAUAUACUCGACCCCGAGCUCAUUACUCAUUUAUCAGGCGAUGCCGAGCUCUAUCAUUACCUCAAGAUCGCGUUUGAAUGCCUCGACGAGAAGCCUUUCCGGAGACCGACCAUGAUCCAAGUCAUGGCCAAGUUUAAAGAAUCAAUGCAGCAUGAUUCGGAGAGCGAUAUUCUUGACGAUAUCUCAGUGAAAAAUUCCCUCAUCGACGAGUCACCAGAAAGCGAACCGUAGCCUGCCAUGAUUCUUGCAGGCUUUGUUUGAUUGAGCAAUGGAUGGUACAGAUUUUCUGGGAACAUUUUGGCUGUUGUAAAUAUUAGAAGGUGAUUUUGAGACAGAAGUUAUAAAAAUUGGUUUAGAAAAGAAUAUGGUCUGAGUGAAUUUUCCUUUCUUACAACUUCAGAAUCCUUCUUUAAUGUGUUUAUUCGAGUCUCAUAAUUUUAUUUU